GGAAGAUUAAUCCAUCCUUAGCCUCCGGUCUUACAGUCUCCUCACAGACGCUACCUCUGUUCACUGCAGGCAUGCAUUUGCCUGUCAGCAACUAAACCUGUUCUAACUGGGACAUUUCAUACCAGGAUUUGAUUUGAUUGCUUUACAUUUGAUUCACGCUUCAUUCAUCUGCAAAAAUGACUAUCAGAACAGCGCGCCCAAACCGGGCACAACAUUUCCAGCCCUGUUUGUAUUGCCUCAAAAAGCUGGAGUCGAUUUUGCUAGAAAUGCAGGACCCAAAAAGUGGAGUUAAAGGUACAGAGCAGAAGCUCAAUAUCACUACCAUCCCACAUGUCAUUGCUGGAGGCUUUACAUAUAUUCCCCAAAAUGACAGCAGAUCCUGUGGAAUCUGGAGUUGUCAAAGUUCACCUUGGUGGGGAGGGCUACAACCGCAAGACUCUCAACCGAGUCAAGAGGAGCAUUCCUAAGCAGCAGCCUUCACUACACUCAAGGAACAUAUUGGCUGGCGCUUCUGUCUAGUUAUUCUAGGUAUAAUUCAAGUGUCUGUGAUUGGCUGUGGGGUUCUCCUUCUUGCAAUCAUCAUCGAGCCAGAACCUUUAAAGAAAAAUGAUGACGAGACGCUCUCCGUGUAAGAGAUGCAGGCUGUUUACGAGCUGGAAAAUGAACAAACCAGAACCUCCAUCAGUUCGGACAUCUCCCAAGGUUCACAGGACUCUGGUGUCACCUCCCUGUCUGCCUCAAAUGUAGACCUGAGACAUGCAGAAGGAGAAACCAAAGCUCUGAUGGAGUGGAAGGACAAAGUGCCGGACAAAGACGGUGAGGACAUAUCACUGUCCAUGCCUUCUGCUCAAGUCAGUGAGGACAAGGGGGAACUGGCAGAGCUAGAUGGGGGCCCUGUAAGGUUCACAGGUUCCAAACUUCUGGACUUCUCUGUCCUUAAAGACCCUGGCUUCAUCUGUUACUCCCUUUUUGGUCUAUUCGCCACUCUUGGCUUCUUUGCGCCACAGCUCUACAUCAUUGAACUGAGCAAAAGCAGGGGUGUGGAAUCCACCAUGGCCUCCUAUAUGCUGUCUGUGAUGGCUGUGGCUGAUAUCUUCGGCCGCUUGUUCAUCGGAGUGGUGCUAAACAAAGUCCGAUUCAGAAAGACCUUGGUGUUGUUGGGGUGUGUGGUUCUGAUGAGCUUGGUUCUGGUGGCCUUCACUAUCGUGUGGGAGUUCUGGGGUUUGGCGAUCUGCUCCGGCUUCUUUGGCUUCAUCAUGGGCACUGUGGGCUCCACGCACAUUCCCAUGCUGGCUGAAGAGGAUGUCGUGGGCAUCGAGAAGAUGCUGUCAUCUGUGGGAGUGUAUGUUUUCAUUCAGAGCUUUGCUGGACUUGCUGGACCACCGCUGGGAGGUAUGCUGGUGGACAUCACUGACAACUAUGGUGCUGCUUUCUACUCCUGUGCAGCAGGCACAGGUCUUAGCGCCAUCUGUCUGGCUCUGGUUGGCCCUGCCAAGUCUAGAGCGUGCCAAAGAGUGAGCAGAGUCCAAGAGAAUGCAGAAGAGGUGAAAAUAUCUCAGAAUAGUGACCAGUCCGACUUUUUGGAGGUGGACUUGGCCCCAGAAGACAGUCCAAUUGGACAGGGUGAGGAUCAGGACAGCUGCGUUAUUUGAGCCCAACCACAGCGUGGCAUCACAAUGGACAGAAGUGUCAACCAAACAAGUGCAGAUGUACUGCAGGAGGCGUCAUUGCCACAAACACCAGUGACGGCUGGAAAAUCUCAGGUGUCGCAUUUCCACUUUUCAGCAAACUUGAAAUUCACUUCUUCCAGUGAAGAAAACAAUCUUAUAUGAGACCAAUGAAACAUCCGUGAGCACGUCCACACUUUUCUGUCUGUUUAGGGUAAAACCUUUCUUUCACAAUGUGUGAAUUAUAUAGAGAACUGCUAUCAUGAUGUAACUCCGGGUUUAGCCUCUGUUCUGUGAGCUUUACUUAAUGCAACCAUUCAGCAACGUUUCAUGAAAAGAUAGCACAUCGACUCUUAACAUUUCAAGAAACCUUCAUAUUGAUCACUUUGUGAAUAUAUCAAAAACUACAGGUUCCAUUUGGUAAAACCAGCCUGGGUACAUCUUUAUAGCUGUGUCCCAAAACCUAUGUCGCAUCCUUCGGAGGCCGCAUUUGAAGGCUGAUUAUGUCACAGCGACGUGACGAAGGCUGUCCAAAUGCAGCCGAGAAAUGGGUCCUUCAUUUCCCCGGAUUUGAAGGGUGUGUCCUUCAUGCCCCAACCUAUCCCAGAAUUCAUAGCGCGGCCCAGCCAAUUCCAAUUUUCAACAAUGGCAGCUGCUACUAAGUUUUAAUAUUACUCUUAUUACUCUUUCUGGGUAAUAACAGUAAUAUUACUCUUAUUUUUCUUUCUGGGUCACAAAAUAAACUUUUAACAUAUUUUCAGGCGAGAAUGUAGCUGUGUAAGCUUCAAAUAUCAGUUCGGUUUAUGAAGACAUCACAUAUUUGCAAAAGCGCUCCGAUGUUUUCAGAGACGUCUGUUACCCACCAGCUUGAUAGCUGACCAGGAGGUCAAGGGUCACUAGAGCUGGCGAGAACACCGAAAUCCCGGCACAUCGUUUUCAAACCCACCGCAGUCUUUGGCUACUCAGGUUAAACAUGAUAUACAAGUCACAGACGGCUGAGUUUAUUAAACUCCGCCGAGACAGCGGUGAUGCAAAACUGAAGGCUAGACGGUCCAAUUUCACAGCCUUGCACUUCCGGCCUUCUCGGUCUUUGGAGGACCCGGCCCACGUAGACCGCAAAGGACGGGUCCUUUGAAGGAUGCAGCCUAGGAAUUGGGACACAGCUUAUAUCAUUGGUUUUGUCUGUGUUUCGAAACCUCACUAGAUUAGCGUACAUUUAAUAAUUACUACUAAAACAUUUUUUCCAAGCCACAUGACCAGUGGUUGUUCCAAAGCAUGCUUAGAAGUGUUUGGAACCAGACCAAACGUUCUCCUUCUUACUUGAGCUCUGUAUUGAGGCCCAGUACACCCGCCGCAGUGGUUGCUUCACUCGCCGCCGCAGCCUUGUCUCACAGUCAGUUGUAUUUCAAAACCAGAAGCCAAGACUUCAUCGAGUGUUUUAUUGCAAAGUUUUUUUCCACACUUGUUUUUUUUCUACCUGUUACAACAUCUCAGCUUCUGUACUGGAAUAUGAUUCAAAUGGCGGUACAAAGCGACCCGAUCCCAGCUGCAGCAGGCGCAGUGCAAUGCACAAAGUUACAAAAAGCAAGAGGUGCACGGCUGGCCAAAGUGCUGCAAAGAUUCUGUCACGUGACACGUGAUGUCAUAAUUAGUGCGUGACACAGCGAGGAUAAUGGGGGCAUUCGUUUCUGCUAACGUUGGCUCGAUGUGCCUGUCUCAGGAAAGGAGCUGCGUUGUUAACUUUCCCAUAUUCACACAAACUGUUCUCAUGAAAGCCCCAAAGGGGCUGUUUCAUUCCUGCUGAGCACAGGUUUUUGGACCCAUUCUUGAUGCCCACAUGAUAGGAUCACUUCAGAAAAGUUGGAACUUGCUCCUCGUGGCUUUAAAUCACUGAUGUGUCUGUAUGAAGGACGAUUUCCACUGCUGCUAAAGUGGACCAGAAAUGCAGUUCUGCAGUCUAAACACAACGCCUGGCUCCUCUCUGAUGGUUUUACGCACAUUCAUUUAACUUAUUUUUUAUUGACUGCUUUCUCACAUGAUGUUAUCCAUAGCAACACUGCAAGUACAGCAGCAGUGUUCCCUGAUAGGUUGGCUGAACUGAAGCACCAGCUGGUCUGUGCAUCUGGAGCUUUGAAUGAUGGAAAAGCUGCAGAUUGUGGGAUUAAGUUAUGAUGAGAAUCAGCACCACUUCACAUCCCUAAUUGUGCUUUGUGUAAACCUGUUGUCCUUAUAUUAUCAUGAUAUGAUCCUAUUGAUGUACUGUAGAAUUACCUUGUACACAUGAGGCCAGUGGUGAUACAGCAGAAGUGAAGGUUUGCAGUGUUUUUUGUUUGUUUGUUUUUGGCCAGUGUCAUGGUUGAUGAAAUGCAAAGUGCACAGUGUAUAAUAGUCGUCUAUGUAUGCAAAGCUGUGACAGACAGAUUUGAUUGGAGAGAGACGUUCAUUGAAGCACCUCUCCCUUCCUUCUGCAGGCUCACAUUGUCUCUACACCCAUCACAGCCUGACUUGAAUACUUUAAUCACUGUAUCCUUUUUAUUUAAAGUGUUUCGGAUGUUGAUUGAAUCCGUUUGUUUUUUACCUUUCUUCUGUUUAGGUCUUUUUUUUAUCUGAGUACAAAGCAGGGUCCUGCCUAUUCAAUGCUGUAUCACUCUCAUGAUAUAUUUUCCAAAUAAAACCUUGAAACAUC